CCCAGGUAGAUCAUGUCACAAAUAUGACCCCAGUUCAGCCAUAUUAAUAUUAAUAGUUAAUAAUUUGUUUAACAGUGAUGGCUGGAGCACAUUCCACAUGCUGGCUGUUGUUUUAAGUGUUCUGGUGUUUGUGCUCAUCUCAUUGACUCUGCUUGUGUAUCGGUUAAAGAAGAAAAAAACAGAUAAUACUGGAACUUGUGGUUCUUCUAACAUCACUGUGGAGCAGGAUAAUACCACUUACAGUAUGGUGGACUUCAUACCUCACCAGGAUCAAUGCCAAAUAUAUGCCAAUUUCCAGGUCCGUCGUGCAGAAGACACUGCUCAUUCAGUCAUAGCAAAAGAAAAUGUAGAAUAUUCCACACUUUCGCAACAGCUGCCAUAAACAUUUGCAAUUUCUUUGAUUGCUUUGACUUUUUUUCUUUGUUUUGGUUGUUCAGUUAUGUUUACAAGAAACUAUCAUAUUAAUCCACAUAAAUGCUGUUUCAUUGUAUACACUGUACAAAUGCUGGGUUCCACACAAUUUAUGUUGGGAAAACAUGAAGGAAUUGAGUUAACAUAUUAGUUUCUACAAAUUUAAGUGCAUUAAACAUCAAACUAUUAAGAUGUCAAAAAAACUCAAGAAUUGUGUUGCUUCAGCUCAUUU